GGCAUGAUGACAGACUGCUGCUGCCUGACUGAACUCAGACUGCUCUGAUGAUCUUUGUGGUUGAGAUGCAGGCUACUUGCUGGCAAAUUUCUGCAGCCCCUUCAAAAUGCUGGACCAGGAAAAUUCAGGUAGACAGCUUGGAUAACACCCUGGAAAGAAUGGCAAAGGUUUUGCUGUGAGGAGGGAUCUCUGCUCAGCUCUUUUAUUGCCAAAGGAUAUUUACCUGGCACUGUAACAGCAUCUGCUAGAAGGAGACCCCUUCUUUCCCGUUUGUAUAUGGCAAAGUUUCUUGCAGAGCUCCUGGGCUGUACAUUGCCGGACAAGGGCACCCCUUCCAUGUUUGAGUCCAGAAGUCAGUCCUGUAUCAGCUUGAAGCAAAACACCAAGCAGAAGACUACAACUUUCAGCACAUUGGCCAAUGAGAAGUCUUUAUCUGAUUGCAAACGGGGCAAGAGAAGGCAAUGUCUUGCAUUGCUCAUACAGUUGGAUGUAAUCACUCAGUUUCUAUGGGGUCUUUCAGUCUAUUGGUCAGCUAUAAUUCUGGAGUGUUCCUUCUUUGUUCCUAUCCUGCAUUUGUUUAAAAAUCCAAAAGUCUGUGUGUUGGAGAAUAUGAGAGUCCAUCAUUGCAUUUUUUGAGUUAAUUUGGAGUUACAUUCAUGUUCUUUGUUUCUUAUGUAUGUGUUCACCUGGACCAGGUAAAAGAGAGAAUGGGAAAAUCCCAAAUAUGUUUGCUAUGAGCAGUGCAAUGAAGGGGUGCAAAAGAAACUCAUGAGCGAAGAAACCAUGGUAGCUUUUGGAUUGUUUUUCAUUGUGUAUCAUCAGAAGCUAUUAAUAGUUUUUGGGGGUUUUUUUAUGGCUUCAUGUCUAGACAAAUUUGUGGCAUUGUACUAUUUUUCUUGACAACCCUGCAUGGUAUUUUAAUGAAAGAGGGUCAGGCCCACAGUAUGUGAAAAUAAGUAUAGAUCAAUUGAAAGCUGCAAGAAAUAGUCAAUAAAAACAAAACUUGUGUGAACGGUUAAAAUGAAAUCAAAUGGUGUACUGACUGAAAACAGUAACAAAUUACAUUCACUGCAUGUCAGCUUUAUUUCUUCCUCAGUGGACUUUGAAUCAGUUUCUAGAAGUCUGUGCAUUUCCCUACUUAGGAUGUAAAUGGGCUUUGGAUUGGACUCUUCAUCUUUGUCAUUAAAAAAACGAAGCUUUAAAGUUUCACUCUUCUUAAUAUCUGCUGUAAAUACUCUGGCACUGAUUUUAAUUCACCUUUUUUUAUAGAAGAUAUUGUCUUAGUUUAUUAGCUGUCAUUGCCAUCACUAAUGUUGGAGUAAGCCAUUUCAACAAGAACACACCAAUCUGAUUCAGACCCUGUUUAGCAAAAUGCUUAGGUGCCUGCUUAGGGCUCACUGAAGUC